CCCACAAUGACCCUGUCCAGCUUCAAGCCGUGCUGGAUGCCGGGGUGUCCCCAGAGGAAGCCACCCAAGUGGACAGAAAUGGGAGGGCCUCAUGGUUGCAUGCUACCGAGGCUUCGAGAGUGUGGUAGCCCUGCUCAGCCACUGUCCUUUCCUGGAUGUGAACCAGCAGGACAAAGACGGAGACACAGCCCUCAUGCUAGCUGUCCAGGCAGGCCACAUGCCUCUGGUGCGUCUCCUGGUCAACUACUUCUCCGGCCUGGAUCUGGAGCGCCGGGACCAGCGAGGGCUCACAGCACUGAUGAAGGCUGCCAUACGGGACCGCUCUGAGUGUGUGGCCGCUCUCCUCAUGGCAGGUGCUGAUCUGACCUCUGUGGAUCCUGUCAGGGGCAAAACAGCCCUGGAGUGGGCCCUGUUGACUGACAGCUUCGACGUGGUGCGGCGGAUCAGACGGCUGCUGCAGCGGCCCUGUGCAGAACAACUCAGCCAACAUUACCAGCUGGAGUGGCCGGCCUUGCCCAGGCUUGUGGCCCAGGCCCAGGCCCAGGCUACCCCAUCCUUCUUAGAAAGGUUGCAGGCCACCCUGAGUGUGUCCUUUGCUCAGUGUCCUCAGGAGGGAGGCGUCCUGGACCACUUUGUGACCAUCACUACCAGCCUGGCUAGUCCCUUCCUCGCCACUGCCUGCCGCAGUGUGUGCCCUGACCACCCUCCCUCACUGGGCACCCGAAGCAAAUCUGUGCCAGAGCUGCUAGGUACUGCCCCACCUCCUCCUCUGUCUCCCCAACCCUCCCAAGUGGUCUCUGGCUCCCAAGAAUUUGUCCCCUACAGUCCUCGGGGCAUGUUCUCUCAGUGGCUACAGCCCAGGUAUAGUACCAGCAGCCCAGUACCCAAGAUCUCCCUCUCCAAGGCACCUUCACGCCCCAGCCAGUUCAAGCUGAUGCUGUCCAGGCAUGAAGGGCAUCAGAGCCUUGCCCUCCCUCUCUGGCGAUACCAGGAGCUCAGGAUGGAGAGAAAGAGACAAGAAGAGGAGGCCAGGAGGGCGCAGAAUUAGAGGAAGACAAGCUAGGCCAGGCUGGGGGCAAGUAAUCAGGCCCUUUCCAGGCUCCUUUCCUUUCCUCCCACCUCUGCCUAAGUGAGCCUGUUUCCAACCUGUGUACACUGUUAUUCAGCACAGCACUGCUUACAACUUUGGCAGAGUAGAGCCUACCGUGUGUCUGUCAAUGGGAAAGUUGGCAUAAGCGACUGGGGCGUCAUCAUUGCACACUCAUAAAUCCUGUUCUAUGCAGUGCAUUGUGAAGCAAGAAUAAGAACUGGGUACAGUGGUAAACUGUAAUCCUAGCUACUCACAAGGCUAGGGCAGGAGGAUCACAAGUUUGAGCCUAGUCCAGGCAGCUUAACAAGAUCUUGUCUCAAAAAAAAAAAAAAAAAAAAAAGGAUCUGGGGUUGAACUUAGUCAUAGAGAUCCUAGGUUGUAUUCCUAGUACUGUAAGAAUAAGGAUGCUUGGAGCCGGGGAGAUGGCUCAGUAGAAUAAAUGCCUCCCUGGCAAGCACAAGGG